AUGUUCCCAAGAUCGUGUUACAAAUGUGGUGAGUCCGGCCACAUCGCCGACAACUGCCAGCAGCAAGAGAGAUUGUGCUACAACUGUCGCCAGGCCGGCCACGAGUCUUCUGCGUGCCCUGAGCCAAAGACCGCCGAGUCCAAGCAAUGCUACUUGUGCGGAGACAUUGGCCACAUCAGAGGCGACUGCCCAAACAGCGCCCAAGGCUCCAAGUGCUACAACUGCUCUGAGUUCGGCCACAUCUCGAGAGAGUGCCCUAAGAACGAGGGUGCUGCUCCAGCUGCGCCUGCUCACAAGAAGCUGGGCAAGUUCACCAAGAGCCCCACCUGUUACAAGUGCGGCGGUCCUAACCACUUUGCCAAGGACUGCCAAGCGGGUUCUGUCAAGUGCUACUCUUGCGGCAAGAGCGGCCACAUCUCCAAGGAGUGCACGCUUGCUUCCGACAAGGUGACCAAGUCCUGUUACAACUGCGGCCAGACCGGCCACAUUGCCAAGGACUGUGUGCCUGUUGCGUGA